CUAAGUUUUGUGCUCUGUGUAUUCCUCCCAUCUCUCCUCCUUUUCUCUGUGAAUUUCCAACCAGUACCAAGUACUUAUAACACUGAAAGAAGCUAGCUAGUCUACUCAUUCACAAUCAUCUCAGAUAAUUCAGAUAGUAUGGAGCUGGUAUUCUCCACCAGUGUCACUAUGCUAUGCAUUCUUCUCUCUACUUUGCUAACACCUUGUGCUUAUUCUCUGCAAAUUCAUGUGCAGCCAUGGAGUAAAGUAGCUGCCAAGAAAGAAGUUCAAGUCUCUCAGUUCCAUGCAUUGCCAAGAAAGCUUCGACUCACUGAAAUAGAAGCUACUGUUGUAGGACAAGAAGGCCAAGAUUCAGCACCUAAUCACAAAAAGCAGCCGAAGCAAAAUGUUCUAGCUGCAGGUACUAAGCCAUUGAUCCAUAAAGAAGAAGAAGGUGUAGAGGUGAAGCACAGAAGCAGUUCAGGGACAUGGCAGGAAUGGAUGGAGAGCAACGACGAGGACACAUCGGCGUUCUUCACAAUGGACUAUUCCAAAGUCAGAAGACGACGCCCCAUACACAACAAGUCCUUGAAGCCAAAGGGCGUUAAAGUUGCAGCAGCAGCAACUCCAUGAAACAUGCAUGUUUCGUCUCUAGCCUGGAUCAGAAGUAGUACACAGACAAAACAUAACUGCUGCGGAUACACACAUUACUGGUUAAUUUUGCAAAAAGUAAGGUUAUUGUAAUUAGGGAACUGAGGGAUAUGUCUUGCAACCAUCUAUUGUGGCCGACAUUAGGGAGCAAAGCCCAAGAUUUGCUUGGUUAAUUACUAACUAGGAGUAAGGACCCUACUUAUUCGUUCUAAGCCUUCUUGUGUUGUGUUUGUUCACUAGUAAUCAAAUGUGGG